AUGGCGGCGGAUAGUACACGAUAUGACAAAGAUUUCGAGAAUCUUGAAAAGUUCUCUCGAUAUUUGAAACAGAGAUGGAGAGUAUCGCUCGCUGAAGUUGCAUUUGUCCUUUCCUUUGCCCUCAAUUUUGCUGUAGGCAAAUUACUACAUCUAUACUCAGAGCAAUCAGAGGUUUACAAUUACUACAACGACAAAGGCAACGUAUUCAACCAAUUAUUCGUUAAGAAGGGAUGGGCCUGGACUACGCUUGUUGUCAUUUUCUUCUACGCGGUGAUAUUCCUGAGAAGAAGGAAGGAACUUGGUCCAAAGACUGUAAUACUGGCUAUCGUCAGAUACCUAGUGGCAACCUUCUGGUGGACAUUGUUUACACAAUGGUGCUUUGGGUUACCGAUAAUGGACAGAGUGUUUGUCUAUACUGGAGGAAAAUGUGUGGCACCUGAUAGCAAGCACUGGGGCCAUUUGUUUGAAGAGGUAGACGGCUUAUUCCAUUCUCAAAGAAUCUCGUCGUUUGCUUGCCGAGCCAUCCAAGGAAAAUGGGAAGGUGGACAUGAUCCUCUGGGGCAUGUGUUUUUGCUAGUCCAUUCUUCUUUGUAUCUCUUUUUCGAGAUAAAGCCAUACUGGAAAGGGUGGCAACAAUUCACUAGAAAUGUGGCGAGAUUGAGAGGACCUAACUUACCUGCCAAGAUUAUUGACACCCUUAAUACAACACCACAAAUUCUAGCCAUCGUGUUACUUGCACUCUGGUGGUUUAUGUUGCUCAUGACCAACAUGUACUUCCAUCUGAUUGCAGAGAAGUUAGUUGGUCUCGCCUUUGGUUAUAUUGGUGUCAUCGUAAUGUACCUCAUUCCAAGAUGGCUCUGA